GUGUGUGAUUUCUUAAUGAACAUAUGAUCUAGUAGUCAUGAUGUUGUCAUGUUGACGACUGACCCUUUUCCCUUUCCACUGAUGAAGAUCCUGCACGUACAUUUCUCUGAGACAGAUGGGUUUUUUUUUUUCUUUUUAUAAAACAUGAUAUUUUCCAUGAUUUUCCACGCAUGAUAAAUUGGGUAUUUCUUCAUUAGUGUGUUGAGGCUGCUGACCGGGAAGUUGUUGGGCAAUCAUGUUUGUUGUAAACUUAUUUUAAAUUGUGACUGUCUCUGAGUCAUAAAUGACUAAAAUCGCGGUGAGCAGAAUUGCGUCGAACAAAUGAAGAAACACGUUCUUAAUAGUUCUGCAGUUGACCCAGUCUGUGAGAACUGACGUUUCACAGGACCGACGCUGCUGUGAGUAUACGCUACUCACCAAGUCUUUUAGGAGAAGUGACAGAGAGUGAAGGAAAGCGAGAUGUGCAAAAAUAAUGACAAAUAUUGUCUAUUGCAGCCUGAUCCCAAAUCGCUUUUACUGUACUUCCACGUCUUGCAACUUCCUUCUUUCUGUUCCUUAAUUUUCAUAGUUGGUCGUAAUGACAAUGGCCAUAAACAGGAAGCAGGUGAAGCUGACUCGAGGAGUUAAACGGUGGCUCGGCCCUGUGAACUGUGGGAGUGUGAAGACCCCUGCUGCAGCUCCACGUCCCCUCUGAGCAGCUGUACAGUUUUGCAGCAGACAUGUUGGCUUGAGGUCAACUGGCUGCUCUUGCAAUCCUCAUUCUUCCGAAGUGGAUCAUCGCAGCCACAGGGCUGACUCAUGCGUCGGGCUGGGUUAAAAACCGCUGGAGUGCUCAGAGAACAAACAGAGUCUGCAGCUCCGCCGAGCACUUCUCAGGCUCUGAGCCCUGGAUAUUUGGGACAGAAACCCUUUUGUAAAAAAGCUUGAAUAUGGACUACACAGGACUACUGCUGCUGCUGCUCGGCCUCAGUGGAGCAAUCUGUGCAGUGGUGCAGUGGAGAGAGCUAGAUGAAGCAAAGGCCUAUUUGAAGCAGUAUGGCUACCUGAACGAGCCAGCUGAUCCACAGGACCCUCACUACCUGGAGGAGGUCAUUGAUGCUCUCAGGGUGUUCCAGAAGGUGAACGAUCUUCCCCCUACCGGAGAAGUAGAUGAACCUACUCUGGACGUGAUGAGGCAGCCGCGCUGUGGCGUGGAGGACCCCUUCAACAAGAGACAGCACAGAUACAGAGUGCUGGGUCGCUGGAGAAAGAGAAGUCUGACCUACCAAAUCAUCAACUACACACCGGACAUGAAGAAGACACAGGUCAACAUGGCCAUCCGCUCUGCCUUCAAGUACUGGAGUGAUGUGACUCCUUUGACCUUCAGAGAGAUCCACUAUGGCAGAGCAGACAUAAGGAUCUCCUUCCAUGACAGAAAAGGCUGCAGUGUCCCAUUUGACGGCCGUGGUUAUGUCCUGGCCCAUGCUGAGUCACCAGAGUCUGGCAUUGUCCAUUUCGAUGAGGAUGAGCUCUGGACUGAGGGGUCAUAUUAUGGCACUAAUCUGCGCAUUGUAGCUGCCCAUGAAAUCGGCCACGCCCUCGGCCUGGGCCACUCUCAGUACAGAAGCGCUCUGAUGGCUCCGGUCUACAUUGGUUACCGUGCCAACUUCAGGCUGCACUCGGACGAUAUCAAAGGAAUCCAGGCGUUAUAUGGCAAACGCGCCUCCAGCGCUUUAGCCAGCUCAGCAACUCCGGAGAGUCUGUUUCCCACAGAGAGCAGCCAUCAGAACGUCCCCAACCCCUGCACUGCCGACCUGGAUGCCAUCAUGUUGGGUCCAUGGAGGAAAACCUUUGCUUUCAGUGGUGACUACAUGUGGACGAUCUCCGACAUGGGACACAACACCCCGAUUAGGAUUGACAGCCUGUGGAAGGAGCUCCCCGGCAACCUGAACGCAGCUGUUCACUCCCCAAGAACCAACAAGACCUAUUUUUUUAAAGGCAACAAAGUGUGGAGGUACACCAUGCUCGUGCUGGAUUACGGUUACCCAAAAUCAGUCAAACGGAUCCCUCCUAACAUCGAUGCAGCCUUGUACCUGGAGAGGAACAAGAAGCUGGUCUUUAUCAAGGGUUCAGAGCACUGGCAGUUUGAUGAGCUGAAGUACACGGACUUAACUCUUUACCCCAAACCGCUGUCCAUGCUCUUCACCGGGGUGCCGUCCAGUCCGGACGCCGCCUUCACCUGGACCAACGGCAACAUCUUCUUCUUUAAGGGAGAUGAGUACUGGCGUGUGAACAAGCUGCUGAGAGUAGACAGAGGCUACCCACUGAGCAAGAAGGAGCGCUGGAUGCGGUGCUAG